ACACACACACAUUUCCAUUAUCAAUCAACAAUGUUACUUACAUUUCUAAUGAUCAUAUUAAACUUUCAAUUCACUUUUUGCGAAGAAGAACCCCCACCAGGCCCCUUAACGGACCUCAAUGUAUGCAAAGUAUCCCAUUUAGGGCUAGAAUACACCGGUCGUAUUGGAAAAACUGAGUCUUUAGUAAGAUGCCAAUCUUGGACGUCGUCCACCCCACAUCAGAUCAGAGAUGACAUACUGGAUACAAACUUUCCAGAAGGAUCGAAAAAACUAGCCAAAAACUACUGCAGAAAUCCCAGUAAAGAUCCCGAGGGGCCCUGGUGUUACACAAUGAGCACCGAUUUACAGUAUGAGACAUGCGCGCUGCCUUUGUGUAAGUUUUCUCAAUGUAAAGUUACUGGUCCAGGUAUGGAAUACGCUGGAAACCACUCAAAAGCGUCUUCAACCCGUAACUGCUUGAAAUGGAAUAAAGAUAGAAACAAAGUAAAAGAAAAUGGUUCCUAUACAUCGAUACCAAAAUUCAACAAAGCUUUAUUCCCGGAUGAAUCCUUAUCUGACGCUAAAAGAUAUUGUCGCAACCCCAGUGGUGAUGUUGCAGGACCUUGGUGCUUCGUUGAAGAUGAGGAUUCUGGAGAAAUCGAGAAGGAAUAUUGCAACAUACCCUUUUGCGAUGAUCCAGAUUGUCUGGUGUUCAGCAAAAAUUCGAAUACCUACAUGCAUUACACUGAUUUCAACAAAACUUUGGUAAAUUUGACUUUUGGUGUCAAACUUUGGGAUCCAGAUUUGUAUCUACAAGCUACUGCAAGGCUAGUAUUAUCUCUGUUACCUCUACCUCUCACAGGGAAAGAAAUAGAAGAUGCUGGAAUAGGUUUAGAGCUUCUUAUAGCUAACAACUACUCUACGAUAAGAUUCGGUAACAAAGAUAAGCCUGAAUACGAACCAACUUUGGGAAUAUUAAAAUCUACUUCAUUUACCAUGUUUUCUUUGAGCUGGCAUCAAGGAUUUAUAUCGUUUGGGUACGAAGGGAAAACUAAACCUAUAUUCCUAGCUGAAUACCGAACGAAAGACAAUCUUUUGGGAUACAAAAUGAACAAAUUUAAUUACUAUUCUGUACAAGGUACGAAUAUUUUAUGGUCGUUUCCAUUUUGUAAAGACGAUUUUGAAUGUGACGCCCAUACGACAACUGGUAGCGAGUUCCAGCAAUUUUGGCCUCUACGCGAAAAAGGUGCUGGUUAUGACUUGUACGUUUACGUAAGAGCACAUCAUUCAGCUUGCAUUCUGUUCGUUCUUAGUCCCGUAUUGGAAUAUCCUUACGUCAAAUUGACUCUGUCGGGGCAAAAUAAUUUCACCAGGAUAAGCGUAGUGGAGUAUCAAGGUGCUCCUGAAAGAGGAUUGCUGGAAAUCCAGCUGGAAAACGUUUUGGAUUAUUGGAACUGGAGGGAAUUUUCUAUAAGUUUUUUCGCGAACAUUAUGUCAGUCUACAUCGAGAAACCUCUAGGUUUGCAAUCAAUAGCAGAGGUGUAUGAUGAAGUAUUCAAAAACGUUCGUUGGUUCAGCGUUAGCUCUAUAAAUACAGUGGCACACUGGAGCUUUUACUGUAUCCCCCCGCCGGGCGCUAACCCACCUCAAGCGUUUUUACCCGAAUGCGCUCUAAAUGCCCAGGAACUGAAUUAUGGGGGCACCCAAGAUGUUACUGAGACAGGUUUACCAUGUGUACCGUGGUCAUCGACCAAGCUCACAGGCGAAGAAAUCAAAUUUCCUAACAAUACUGCACUUGAGGUCUGGAAUUACUGUCGCGAUCCGGCUGAAGAAACCAAAGGAACCUACUGCUUCGCUAUGUCUUUGUAUCCGGAAAAAACUGUAUCAAAAACUUACUGUCAUAUUAGAAAGUGCAAAUCAGAACAAUGCAAGAUAGCUGGAACUGCCCAUGAUUAUAGCGGAACUUUAAAGAAAACAAGAUCAAACAGAACUUGCCUUACGUGGGUUCCUAACCAAUCAUUUAGAACUAGAAGAACAGCAAGCGAAUUAAGUUCUAAUUUUACUACUACUAAAUCUCCAUUGUUGAUUCCGAGAGAUUAUAGAAAUGUCUGGAACGACACUUUGUUCCCUGAAAAUUCAGCAGCCAAAGCUGAAAAUUACUGUAGAAAUCCUUCCAGAAUCCCUUCAGGUAGCUGGUGUUAUACCCCAGAUGCCAACGUUCUUGAAGACUCGUGUAACGUCAGAGACUGUGAUAAACCUGACGAAUGCAUCGUUAUACUAUCAACAACUCAGAAAUCCAGAAAAAUAUUCAUCCUUCCUCAAUGGAAGGAAACUGGUCAUCACGGCGGUUUAAAGUUCGCUUUGAAAGAAUGGAACCCUGAUUAUCAAGAUGGAAUCAACUUUCGGAUUACACCCAGGCACGGUUUGAGCAGCAUCACAUUGCAAAUAGCUGCUGAUAACAAUGAGAGGAUUAAGCUUAUCAAGGAUGAUACUGUUGUUGAACAGAAAACCAUACCGCAUCUGAUUGGAGCAGGUAGAUGGACGGAUCUUUGGCUUCAGAUGAGACGCGGCGAGAUAAUGCUGGGAUUAGAAGGUAUCCCAAACGCCCUAUUCGAAUGGACGAGUCCCAAUAAGCACGAAGAAUUCGAGCCGAUUUUUCUAAGUUAUACAUCCAUUACUGGAAAACCCAUUGGGGUAUCUUUUAAAUGCGACGAAUGCCACACCGAGAACACCACUUUAAUGGACUUCAAACAUUGGUUCCCCAUAGGACUUUGGGCCGAAGAACAAGCUACUUUCAAUAACUUUACGGUACUCGUUAGAGGUACUGGAGUAAUUAUAAUACGGCUGAUGAGAAUGAUAGAAUUUCACAGCUUUUACAAUUUAAUAAUCGAUACUGAUUACAACCAAUUAUCGUUACUAAAAAUAGAUAAUUAUUCCAAAAGAUCAAUACUUCAAAUUGAGUCAGUCAAGAAUUUAAUGACAACAAACUCAUGGACAAAGUACGACAUAUUCUUCAAUGAAACGCAUUUCAUAAUGAAAAAGGAUAACGAUACGAUCUUAUAUCACAAAAGUCGUAAACCUCUUCUAAUGUACUGGUUCACUAUAGCCCCACAGAUGGGUUGGGUCACUUGGGCUGCAAACUGCGAACCCAUAGACUUAGACGGUCCGCCAAGAGAUGGCGGAUGGUCCCAAUGGUCGCCGUGGACUUGCACAGCUCCGUGUGGUGGUGGUGACGGUUACAGAACUAGAACCUGUUCAAAUCCAAGACCAAACAUUUCUGGAAGAUUGUGCCACGGUUCAGCAACCUUAACUGGAGUUUGUAACAAUUUUCCUUGCGGUGAUGUUAACCCUGAAACGUUGGAGAAGAUCAGGGAUCAUUUGCAGCAUCAAAAUUUUAGUUACGUCGUUCGAGAAGGCGCCAGUCAGUGGUUGAGGAAUGAUAGAGACAUAUUGAAAGUUGUUGCUAGAGAUUCGCCUAAAGCUUAUUACGAAUGGACUUUGAAUGGUGUGUUUAUUAAACCAGAACCUAAUAGAGUGGUGUUCCAAAAGGAUGAUAUCAAUAUAAAAUUCGCACUAUCUAGAGAUUCUGGUUUGUACGUAUGCAUGUUGUUCAGAAUAAAUAAGCAGAGGGUGGUGAUACGAGUAAUAUCCUUAGCAGUAAUAGCAUCUGAUUAUAAUUACGACACCAGAGCUACUAGAUCACUAAAUAUACCUUGUAACUCUGUUAUUUUGGGUUAUAUCUACACCGAUUUACGUCUUAAGAUCUAUCAAAAUGAUAAAGUCUAUAAAGAUCAUGGUACAACUACUUUAGCAGCUGUUAAUACUUUUUAUUUUGAACAUUUGAAUGAGGAACAUAGCGGUGACUGGAAAUGCGUGGUUGAACAAAGGGAUCUAAAAUUAUCUUGGGUGACUAAUUAUGUGAAAAUUGACGUAAAGAAAGCUCCGAAUAUAUACACUAAUUUGAUGGAAGAUGAUCUCACUAGACCGAUUUUUGGUUGGAUGAAGAGUGAGAAAAUGGUGUUAUUUGCUUUGUUUUGUAUAGUUGCUAUUGUUAUAAUUUUGGUUGUAGGGUUUUUGAUUUUAUAUAAAAAAUAUUGUACUUUACAUACUACAAGAAAUAGAAGAUAUGGAAAAUAAAUAUUAUGUUGUAUAAAUAAGUUUUAAAUAGAAACAAAUUCCAUUCAUACUAUACAGGCAAUAAUAAAAAC